AUGGAAAAGGAUCCAGGACACGGCGACUCCUCUCACUAUGAGAAGGACGGAUCUGCCGUCUUGCAGAACCCUACCUCGUUUGCCUCUCAUGAGGGCCGUCGCAAGUCGGUCGCAGUCAACAUCGUUGAGAACCCCCUCCAGAACAAAUCACCCGAGACUGUGGUUGCCGAAGCUCGAGCCUACGCUGAGGAAAAUGGACUGUCUGAGCAUGCCGAACUCUUUGGUCGGGCUGCUCUCGUCGCACGAGAUGGUGACAGCUUCCCCAGCUUGUCCGAGUUGAGCGAGGAUGAGCGCGAGGCUCUGCAAUACGAGAAGGACCACAAGUGGCAUGGCCCAGUGAUGCUUUGGUAUGCCAUUGGUCUUUGUGCCGUUGGUGCUGCUACCCAGGGUUGGGAUCAGACUGGUGCCAAUGGUGCCAACUUGUCAUUCCCUAAGGAGUUUGGCAUUGAAGAUGAACCCUGGACUAUCGGAAUCAUCAACUCCAUCAUCUUCCUCACAGCUGGCCUCAUUGGCGCCUUUAUUGUCGAUCCCCUGAACCACUACUUCGGACGAAGAGGCGAGAUCUUUAUCACUGCCUGCUGCUUGGUAGCGACCCCUAUCGGUUCUGGUUUCGCCAAGUCUUGGCAAGGCCUCUUCGCAGCACGCUUUGUCAUGGGCAUCGGCAUCGGAGCCAAGAACGCCACCGUUCCCAUCUAUUCUGCUGAGAUGGCCCCGGCCCGCAUCCGUGGUGCUCUUGUCAUGUUCUGGCAGCUCUGGGUCACAGUUGGUAUCUUCCUCGGCUUUUGCGCCAAUGUCAUUCUUAAGGAUGUUGGCAAGAUUGCGUGGCGCCUUGAACUUGGCUCUGCCUUCAUCCCUGCCUUCAUCCUUGCCGCCGGCAUCUACUUCUGCCCUGAAUCUCCUCGUUGGCUUAUGAAGCAUGGCAGGCACGCCGAAGCAUGGAAAUCCAUGUGCCAGCUUCGAGCGCAUCCAAUCAUCGGCACACGAGAUUACUACUACUCAUAUGUCAUCUACCAGGAAGAACUCAAGGAAGCAAGGGGAGCUGGAUACUUUGAUCGUCUGUGGGAUUGCUUUGCUGUCCCCAGAAUCAGGAGAGCAAACUACGGCGCUUCGACCGUCAUGCUGGCCCAGCAGAUGUGCGGAAUCAACAUCAUCUCGUUCUACAGCUCAAGUAUCUUUACCAGAGUGGGCUACAGCGACGAUCAGGCCUUGUUCGCUUCCCUGGGCUAUGGUGCCAUCCAGGUCGUUUUCACAAUUCCGACCUUGUUCCUGAUCGAUACCAAGGGUCGCCGAACUUUGACCCUGGCUACCUUCCCCAUGAUGUGCAUUUUCCUCUUGGCAGGUGGUCUUUCCCUCCUGAACGACUCAGAGAGCGUGUCCCAGGCUGCUCGAAUCGGACCCGUCGUUCUCUUCGUUUAUCUUUUCACCAUUAUGUACUGCCUGGGUGAAGGACCCGUUGCCUUCCAGUACUCGGCCGAGGUCUUCCCCACCAUCCAGCGAGAGCAGGGAAUGGCCUGGGCUGUCUGCAUCAACAACACCUUUGCUGGUGUUCUUGGCCUGACCUUCCCCAAGAUGCAAGAUGUCAUGACCCCAACCGGAGCCUUUGGAUUCUACGCUGGCCUCAACUUAGUCGCCUGGGCUAUGAUAUUCUGCUUUGUCCGAGAGACCAAGCAAAUGACCCUGGAAGAAAUUGACCAGGUCUUUUCCGUCCCAACCAAGAGCUUCAUCUCAUAUGAACUCAGAGUUUGGCUCCCCUACUUCAUCAAGCGCCACGUCUUGCGACAAAAGAUCGAGAAGCCUGCACCUAUUAUUGAGAAGGCCGAGAAGAGCGACGCUUGA